UGAGCGAGUUGAGUCAAAAUUUAAAAAUAAGAUAUAGCUGUAAAAAAUGUUUAGUCAGUGUUGGGAGAAUCUCCCGCCAGAGAUUUUGUUAAAUAUAUUUAACAAUUUACCAAUAAAAGAUGUCGCAACUUCAGCUCAGGUUUGUAAGACGUGGAAGGAAGCUGCAACUGAAAAAUCCCUGUGGCGUUCUUUAACUCUGGAGUUUGACGGCGCCAAAGAAAACAAAAUAGCGAGGCGAUGUGUUGGAUUGGUAAAAAAGAUAGCACCACAAUUAGAAGUGCUGAAGGUGAUCAAUACACAAGUAGACAUUGAAGGAGACGUGAGUCGCAAUCUGGCUGUACAGAGAGUAGAGAGUGUGUUGAGGGCAGUGAUGACAUUUCCCCUUCACGUAUUUGAACUGCAGGGCUUAAACCUCUAUUUUAUGGAACACAGGUUCAUGAGGAUCUUUGAGCAGCUGAUGGUGCAAUUUCUGCAGCUACAAACACAUCUUGAGGUUUUCUCGAUGAAAAAUACCAUGCUAGACUUGAAGGACUUGGUAAAAAUCCUACAAACGCUAGCCAACUCAGCCGGCGAGAACAUAAGAUGUUUGAACUUACAAAACACAUUUGAUGAAAUUUUUGAUGGAAUGUCUAUUCACGCUUUGAACACUGUCAUUCCUAAAUUCUCAAAGCUGAAAACAUUACAUAUGCCCUACCAUGGUCUCACGGAAGAUCUUUUUAAAAAUUUGGGCAACGUUCAAGGAAGUAAAUUAAAAUACUUGUACAUCACAGUCGAGUAUAUUCAAGAAAGCAUUAGUGACUUGGCAUGGAAGACACUGACAGAAGCCUGUCCUGGUCUCGUUGUGAGUAUGACAGUAAUAUCUGACCCAAGAGACAAAGUCAUCAUGUACCCACACAUCCCUCUGGUCAGCCUUUCGACAUCGCAGGGUGGGGGCCAGUUUUCCAUGACCAAGCUUGCUACCCUGUACCAGGAUAAGCUAGAGACGCUGGAUUUGCAUGGUUGUGUGGAAUGGGAAAAAAAUGAUACUUUUGUCGGACAUUUGGAAACUUUUCAAAAAUUAAGAAACUUUUCGAUGACUAUCUUUGCCGUGAACAAAAUAACACAAAAAGUUAAGUUUUUGAGGAAUUUGUGUGCUAUGCUGAAACGACACAGAACCUUAAAAAAUGUUAGCCUCAACUUUAUCUGCCUAAAGACGGUCAACCCUGGCCUGAGCCGGCACGUGGACAGCUGCACGCGAGACAUGGAACCCUAUAUGGAUCGUCUGUUCUUCAAGGUCAACUUUGUCAUCAAAGGUGUUUAAAUGUAAAAUUGACUUACUUUUAAUAUGGAUUAGUUGUCCUUGAGGCAGCCUUCUAACUCAUUCAAUAAAUUUUAAUUAAAAUGUUCAUAAAAAUGAUUAUACUUUUCUGAAAAUAAAUAAAUUGUAUUGAAUAAUUAAUCAACCAACUGUUUAAUUGCAACUUUCUCUGGACUAUUGCAAUUUUCUCUGGACAAUUGCAACUUUCUCUGGACAAUUGCAACUUUCUCUGGACAAUUGCAACUUUCUCUGGACAAUUGCAACUCUCUCCGUACAACUUGACCAGCGCUUGUUACAAGAAGAGAAUGUUUUACACACGAAUGUUUUUGGUAGAAUAAAAUCGGAUAUUCCCGUCGGAUAUUCCCAGAUUGGUAGUGUGAGAUAGGGUGAGAGAACACACACAGGACCCUACAAUACAAUAAUGCAGCUACAAUAGAUAUUUACAGACGUGUCAAGGAUGGGAGAAUUUGUCUCCUCAUGUUUCACUAACGAUUUUCCGAUAUUCUCCGCUAAAUACUGUGGGUGCAUCGGCUCAGUUAGUUUUUGUUACAGAAUCAAAGUUCAUGAAGUUAUGUUGUUCUAUUUUGUUUUAUCGGUUAGACUUUAGACUGGUGGUGUAGGGUAGCAGCAUUACACACUGCUUUUGAUGAUUAAUUUUUUUUUAUAUUAUUUUCGACAAAAUUGGAGCUGUUUAGAAUGAUUGAGUAAAUGAAUGGCCAUAACUAAAUUGACAUGAGGCCUCCGAUUAUUAUUGUUAACAUGGAUUAAAAAAAAAAUGUCAGUUUAGCAUUCAUAAC